AUGGCAUCGCAAACUAAAGUUUGGAUUAGGUUCGAAGAACAUGAACCUGAAAAAGUAACUCUUGAUUUUGGCGCAGACAUUGACGAUCUCAAGGAAGAAGCUCUAAAAGAUAUCAAGGAACCAAAGCGAAACUUCAGUGCAUUCUUCAAACAGACGCAACUAACUCCUGCUACGACCGUUCCAUCUGAUACAUCAUAUGAUGAACCAAUUGUACUGAAACGUACACAACUAUCAGCACCAACUAUUUCGACUUCAUCUAAAGUGGUCGAACCGAAUGAUGCGAACAGUUCAAUACAAGACUCAGAGCCUGUCGAUCAUCAAUCUGAUAUGCCACCACCGUAUGACACUGUCAUGAUGCAAUCAUCAGAAGUAUCUGUACAACAAAUUAAUCUUGAUUUUCCAGAGAAAGCGUUCAAUGCAUUUAGUUUUGAAGAAUCAGGCAUGUUUUUUUCAUUGUAA